UGGAAUACGAUAUAUAACAACGGUGCGCCUCCAGAGUCGUCUUAUAGUUCGUCUUGCUUUCAGUGCGGUUUACGUACGAUCGAUGGCACGCGCGAAGAACGGUACUUACCGACCUAUGUUCACAUGUCCGAUAGAUUUUUGUUCGGUCUCAAAGAAUACGAACAAACCGUAACCAACGAAUAUUUAUGCAUCGAACGCGGACGAGCGUGAAAAACGUGCACGUAUAGACGCCUUGCGAGUAUGGUGCUACAGAAAAAAUAUUGGACCAAAAUCGAAGGUGCCUAUUGUAUAGUGGUCGCAUGUAUCACGGCCUUGAUAAAACUUGUGUUAAAGUAUGUCGUUGGUAUUAAUUCGAAUUUUGAAAAUCAGUCCGUUUUAGAUGCUCAGCAAAAAAUUUACAAAACAGUUGCGGAUAUUCCAGGACCAAGGUCAUUGCCUGUAUUUGGAACGAGAUGGAUCUAUUGGAAAUUUGGUUUGUAUAAACUGAAUGCCGUUCACUUAGCAUACAAAGACAUGUUUAUCCGGUAUGGGGAUAUUAUUCGUGAAGAGGCACUGUGGAACAUACCAAUCAUAAGUGUCAAAGACAGAGAUUUCAUCGAAAGAGUACUUAGACAUAGUGGAAAGUAUCCUAUUCGUCCUCCAAAUGAAGUAACAGCGAACUAUAGAAAGUCUCGUCCAGAUCGUUACACAAAUACAGGGCUUGUGAAUGAACAAGGUGAAGUUUGGGCGAGGUUAAGGAAUAAAUUGACACCGGCACUUACUAGUCCUAGAACAAUACAACGUUUCUUGCCAGAAGUUAAUCAGCUAGCAGAUGAUUUUAUUAACCUAAUUUCCCAAGCAAGAGACAGCAAUAACGUGGUCAAAAUAUUUGAAUCGUAUUGUAACAGGAUGGGAUUGGAAAGCACGUGUACGUUGAUUUUGGGUAGGAGAUUCGGAUUUUUAGAUGGAGAGGUUAGCGAAACGGCUACGCGCCUGGCAGAUUCUGUGACCAGCCAGUUCCGAGCAUCUCAGGAAGCGUUUUACGGGCUUCCCUUCUGGAAAUUAAUACCGACAAAGGCAUACAAGGAAUUUGUAGCGAGUGAAGACGCUUUAUACGACAUCGUGUCAGAAAUCGUAGACUCGGCACUGAUCGAUGAGGAACAGUCUUACACAGAUGUACGCAGUGUGUUCGUAUCUAUACUGCAGACGUCAGAGUUGGACAACAGAGAUAAAAAAGCUGCGGUUAUCGAUUACAUCGCCGCUGGAAUAAAAACAUUGGGAAACACCUUAGUGUUUUUAUUGUACUUGGUCGCCAAACAUCCAGAUGUACAGAAAAAAAUAUAUAAUGAAAUAUCACUAUUGGCUCCAGCAAGUACACCUAUUACUGCUGAACAUUUACACAAAGCCACAUAUUUGAAUGCGUGUAUAUCCGAAGCUCACAGACUUCUACCCACUGCCCCGUGUAUUGCAAGAGUUUUGGAAUCGGAAGUUGAGUAUGACAAUUACCGAUUACCAUCAGGGACUGUUGUGUUAUUGCACACGGGAUUAGCGUGUUUGGACGAUAAAAAUUUCAUAGACGCGACUUCGUAUAAACCGGAAAGGUGGUUGGACGAUUUGACGAAAAAAUCACCGUUUUUGGUCGCACCAUUCGGUUAUGGCAAACGAAUGUGUCCUGGGAAGCGAUUUAUAGAAUUAGAACUUCAAAUUGUUUUAGCAAAGAUGGUUAAACAAUUUCAUAUCGACUUUAAAGGACAACUGAAAACUGAAUUUGAAUUUCUUUUGACACCCAGCAAUGCAAAUUUUAUUCUACGAGAUAGAAAUUAUUGAUGUCUUAAAAUAGUUUAUUAAAUUAACCCUACUAUAAUUUAAUACAGUACCUG